AUUUCCCCAAGGUACAAGAACAACCGGAAGUAAUUGUCAACAGAACGUCAGGGACGUUCACAGCAAUAGUAAAAGCCAUACAAACAUCCACAGUAACAACGUCGUGGAGUAGUUUUGUCAACAUGACAGAAAUCUUCUCCUCACUGUACGGUCAGCCUGAUUCCCAGGGUCCAGUAGGACCGUCUGCGCUGGGCUUUGGAUCUGGGAAACCUCAGGUACCCCAAAACAUGGGCCCGAUGUGUUUCCCGCAUCAGAUGGUGGAUGAAGGGGGUCAGAUCAGAAAACCCUCCGCGAUGAACGAGCCCUUCUACCUGCUGCGAGAACUGCCCAUGGAGAAUGAGCUGACAGGACACACUAAUCUCAUCACACACUACAACCUGGAGCACGCUUAUAACAAGUUCUGCGGAAAGAAGGUGAAGGAGAAACUCAGUAAUUUUCUUCCAGAGCUUCCUGGUAUGAUUGACAGCCCAGGUAUUCAGGACAACAGCUCUCUGCGCUCUCUCAUUGAGAAGCCGCCAGUGUGCAACAACUCUUUCAGUCCUCUCACUGGGGUCAUGCUCACCGGCUUCAGGCUACACACUGGGCCUUUGCCAGAGCAAUACAGAUUGAUGCACAUUCAACCGCCGAAGAAGAAGAACAAACACAAACAUAAACAUCAUCGGCCUCAAGAUCCCUUACCACCAGAAACUCCAUCAGAUUCAGACCAUAAGAAGAAGAAGAAAAAGAAGGACGAUGACCCGGACAGAAAGAAAAAGAAGAAAGAUAAGAAGAAAAAGAAGAAUCGCCAUAGUCCUGAUCACCCAGGCAUGACUGGAGCUCAGCCCAGCAGCAGCAGCAGUUUGAGAUAAGAACUGCCUCAAUGGCAGAAAACCCAGGAAUUAAAGGCGUUAAAGUGAAGCACAAGCUGAAAAACUGGGCCUUUAUGGUAUGUGACAAAUUUAAUGUUGCAGUUACAGUGAGAGUCAGAUUUGUGUGUAUAUAUGUGUCAGAGUAUAUCGUUACGUAAUGUACUGAGUACCAGAACACCUGGUAAACCAUCAUAUGUUACAUUUGUAAGUGCCUCUGUAUCUAUUUAUGAGAUGGAACAUUUUUCAUUCAACUUUUUUUAAAACCUUUUUUACAAAUAAAACACAAUCAGCCAAGAAAUGGGCUGAUUUGUGACAAAA